AUGAUGCUGCGUUCAACUCCUUUCUGGUCCUUGUGCUCUCAAAGCAUACGGCACCGAGUCCUUCCACUCAGCUCGUUCUUUAUCCAUCGUCGCACAAUCAAGACUCUCCCAUCGUUCUCGCUCGAAAACAAAACCUGCGUUGUCACUGGGUCGGCACGAGGGCUAGGGAAAGAGUUCCUCACGGCGUUUGCCCUGUCCGGCGCUCGUGGGGCAUGCAUCGACCUAAGCCAGAAAGAUUGCGAGGCAUCAAUUGCAUCGAUAGCGUCACAAGUACGAGAAGCAUACCCGAACGAUCCCGUUCCCGAGCUACGAGCCUACGAAUGUAACGCCACAAUCGAGUCCGAUGUUAAGUCCACAUGGGCUAAGAUAGUCGAGGACUUCGGCAAGGUUGAUGUGCUAGUCACGGCUGCGGGCAUCGUUGACAACGUGGAAGCGGAGAAUUAUGAAUAUACGCGUGGCUCGUGGCUCUUUGCCCGCGAAUCCGGCAGACACAUGAUCCAGCACAACAUCCAGGGGUCCAUCAUCCUGAUCGCCUCCAUGUCUGCGACAAUCUGCGUGCGUCCCCAGAAACAAGCCGCGUACAACACCUCGAAGGGCGCUGUGCAAAUGCUGGCCAAGUCGCUCGCGACCGAGUGGGGUUCAAGAGGCAUCCGGGUGAAUAGCUUGAGUCCCGGGUACAUGAAGACAGACCUCAUCAAGGGAUUGCUGGAAAACGAAGGUAAAGAGCUCGUAGGGAGUUGGGAAAGGGAUAUACCUAUGGGAAGGAUGGCGGAGCCGCACGAGCUGAGAGGAACGAUUGUCUGGAUGGCUAGUAAGUUUCCCACGAACCCGUCAACGUAG